AUGGUGGCAAAUAAGUCCAAAAAGGAAUCGAAGAAAGCCGCAGCUGCUAAUACAAACAAAAGAAGAAAUAGAGUACCGAUAAGUUGUACCAUUUGCAGAAGAAGAAAGGUCAAAUGUGAUAAACAAAGACCAGUAUGUACUGCUUGUAAUAGAACUGGUGUUGCUCAUUUAUGUCAUUAUAUUGAUCCGCCAUGGGCUCAACCUUUACAAAGUAAUGAAAUUGCACCUGUGCAAACAAAUGUUGAACCUGAAUCUGAAGUUGAUAAAUUAAAACAACGUAUAAGAGAAUUAGAAUCCCAACUUUAUCAUCAUAAUGAACAAUUACCUUCACCUCAUGAAGAUUCUGAUGAGCGGGAAAGUCAAUCAAGUCAUGAACAAAACACUUCAAUGGAAUCUUUACCUAAUGAAUCUUUAAAUUUGGGGAAAAAAUUUGAUAUGUUACAUAUAAAAUCAACAACAACAGUUCAUUUAGGCGCUACAUCUUGGUUAGCUAUAAUGAAAGGUGACCCAUAUUUAAGAGUUUUAUGGGCACAUAUUUUCAAAAUGAGGAAAAAAGUUGAAAUGAUGAAAUUCAAAUCUAAAAUGAUUCAAGUUCAAGAACAACAAGAGAGAAUUAGAGCUGAAAAUAAUAUUAAUGAUAAGAAUAAUAAUGAUAAUGAUAAAAAUAAUGAUAAUAAAGACAAUACUAGUAAUAAAGAUAAUAAUGAUACCAAUGAAUCAAAAGAUAUCGAAAAUGAUGAAAAGGGGCUAAAUUCAUCACCAAAAUGUCCAGUCUCUGGGAGAUCUGGUAAUAAUGAAUCAAAAUGUCCAGUUAGUCAUCAAUCACCACAAUCUGAGCCAUUAAAAUGUCCAGUUGUGAAACCAAAUUCAAAUACAAAUACACAAUCACAAUUAAGUCAGUGUCCAGUUCAACAUAACAGUUCGAAUACAACCAAGUCAAAUCCACAAAAUGAGACAUUAGAUGAAUCUGGUGAUAAAGUAUGUCCAUUAAUGAUAGGUGAUUCAUCAUUUUUAAAUGGGUUUAAUGGUCAAGAUCAAGAGAUUCAAAAUUCAAAACAUGAUCAUUCAUCAUGCCCAAUGAGUCAUCAAAAUCAACAUCAACAUUCUACAAAUGAUAAAAAACGUAAAAGAUCAUCGAAUAAUUCAAAUGAUAAUAGUAAUAACAAUGGACCAAAACCUAAAAGAUUAAGUAAAGCCGCUGAAAAGGAAGCCUCAUUAAAAUAUCAACAAAAUCCUGUAUUUAUGCUUGAAUCAUAUUUACCUAAAAAGAAAACUCUAUGGCUACAUAUCAAAAGAUUUUUUGAAGUUUUAUAUGUUUAUAUGCCAUAUGUUGAUGAGCCUUCAUUUAUUGAAGAACUGAAAUUCAUUUUUGGUGAAGAAAAUGAUAAAGAUCAAACUAUAAAGAUUAAGAUUCGCUCAGGUGUUGAUUUUGCCCUUGUGGGGACGGUUUGCUUAAUUUUGAGAUUAUCAUGGCAUACUUUACCAAUGAAUAAUUCAGCAAAACUACUGAAAAAAUCAAUAAAUUCCAAAAAUUAUCAAGAAGAUCCAGCAACUAUUUCAUAUUUACAAAAACCUGAAAAUGAAGUUCAAUUAAAAUUAGUUGAUUGUGUUAAACAAUGUUUUAGUAAUUUAAAAUUAAUGAGAAAAUCAAGUUUAAAAAUUGUUCAAUGUGGAUUAUUUAUGAGAUUAUAUUUCAUGUAUUCACCAGAUGAUGGUGAUGGAGCAGAUGGAUCAGAUUCACAAAUCUUUUUAGGAAUGAUUAUUCAAAUGGCUAUAAGUAUUGGAUUACAUCGUGAUCCUAAAAAUUUUGAAAAUUUUAGUAAUGAACGUCAAAGACAUCUUUGGAGAAAGAUUUGGUUUAAAUUAAUUUCACUUGAUGUUUUACAAAGUAUGAAUUUAGGUUGUCCAAGAGCUUUACAAAAUCAUAUGGAAUUUAGUGAUACAGAAUUACCAGGAGAUUCAGAAGAUGGAUUAACUUUAGAAGAAUUCAAAAAUGAUUUAAAAGAGUUAACUAUAAUUAAAAACAUUCAUACUCAAGUUAAAAUUGAUGAUUUAAUUGCUAAAACUAUGAAAGUUUUAUUAAAUUCAAAUAAACCUGCUAGAAGAUUCCAAGUUGAUCAAUUAAUUGAUCAAUUAGAACAAUGUACAAAUGGAUUUGAAAUUAUAAAUGAUAAAUAUGCCUUACCACAAAUUGGUAAAAUUUUGGUUAAUAGAUCUAAAAAUGAACCACUAUAUGUCUCUGGAGUAAGAGCAAUUGAAUUUCAGUUACAUGUUACUGUUAAUAUGUUAUUAUAUCUUUUGAACUAUAUUUUAUAUGUUCAUUUUGAACCAAGAGGCUCAACUGAUAUUGAAGUUUCCAAAAUUGCUAAAAAUUAUGCACAAAAGGCAUUAAAUUGUGCUUUGGAAGGUUAUAGAAAUUGUACAUUAUUCUUUGACUGUGGAUUAGAAUAUUUUGGACCAGGUGCAGAUAUUGUUCUUGCACCACUUUUACUGUUAGUUGGACAUAGAUCUAUGCAAUUUAUGGUUUCAUUAAUUUUAAGAUCAAGAUGUGGACCAUUUAUGAAACCAAGUUUUAAUCAAAAGCAAACUGAAGAGGAUUUGUUAAGUAAAGCAACAACAAGUACAUUUAAAGGUAAUAAAACUAAAAUUGAAGAUCAAAAUGAUGAAAAUGAUGUAUUGAAAGGCUAUAAUAAUAUUGAUAAUAGAAAUCAUGAUUUAGAUGAAGUUGAAAUUAAAGAUGAAAGUGAUGAAUUUACAAGUAAAAUAACAACUUCAAUAUUUAAUGUUGACGUUAAUUCUGGUGAAGUUUUAGCCACAAUUCUAUUGAAACAUAUGGAUAGUUUUCAUAAAUUAGCUGAAACUCUAGGAUCAAAAUAUAAUUAUAGUUGGAGAAUGGGGAAAGCUGUUGGAUUUUUCGUUACAUUAUUGAAAAAACCUAUAAAUAUUGUUAAAGAUCUUGUUAAAACAGAUAAUAUUAAACAAGUUGAAAAGAAUCAAGGUGUUUCAAAUGUUUUAAAUUCAGUACCAUUAGUUCUUUCUAAAGCACCAGAAGAAGAUGUUAAUAAUCAAAAUAAUGGUGAUGAUGAUCAACAAAAUCAAGAGAUGAAAAAUCAAGCUGAAGAUGUUGAAAUCUCCAAAAAUCCAUCAGCUUCAAGUUUUAAUGGUAUUAAUAUUGAUGAAUUACAACAAAAUAAUGGUAAUUUCAAGAUAGAUUCAAAUUUUGAUAUGAAUGGAAGUUUAUUCAAUCCAUUAUUUGAAAAUUUAGAUUCAAUUAAUUUCAUGAGUGAUUUAAAUCCUUCUGCAAAUGGAAAUCAAGGAUCAAAUCUACAAACAAAUCCAAUUUUUUCCACAUUUAAUCAAUUACAAAAUAAUCAAGCAAAUAUUCAAGCUGAUUCAAUAUUUGGUAAUUUCAAUAAUGUAAAUAAAUCAACAUCAAAUCAAUCAUCAAGUUCCACCACAACAUCAUUUAAUCCAAUGAAUGUAAAUCAACAAGAUAUUCCAUUAUCAGCAUCAGCUUCAACUGCGUUUGGAUUUGAAAAUCUAAUGCCAAAUAUAAAUGAUGUUGAUGGAACAAAUUUUUUUGACAAUUUUAUGAAUAUUGAUGGAGAUAAGAAUUCAAAUAAUGUUAUGGACUCUGGAGAAUUUGGUAAUAUGAUGUCAAACAGUUGGUUUAGUUAG